AUGUCCACCGACCCGUACCGCCAGAUCCCUAUGCUGCAGUCAAACACACCACGCCACUUCUCCUUCGACAUCUGUACCGAUCCACAGCAAGCUAGUAUCAUUAUCGGUCGACUCAUUGUCGGUCCCCUAUGCGACCGCUACGGAGCACGCAUCAUUCAGUCUGUCUUGCUGGUCAUCGGAGCUAUUCCAGUUGCCUCAGCGACAUUGGUGACCAGUGACAACGCCAUCUCGUGUGGGUGGGGCAACUUGGGUGCAGGUGUAACCUACUUAGUAACCCCGCUUGUCUUUGAUCUCAUCACAUUUAACGGCACUAUUUCGGACAAUUAUGGUUGGAGAAUGGCAUAUGUAUUUCCUGUCAUUAUCAAGGUUGCAAUUGGUGUUUGCACCUACUUGUUUUCGGACGACUGUCCACAGGGCAGCUACGUCGACCUCAAACGUAAUCACGCCAUGGCUGAUCGCGCUAAGUCGGAGCUGUAUAACGGGUUUAUGGCAGUCGCUAGACAGCCUAUAGCUUGGAUUCUUGCCUUCCACUACGCUUGCUGCUUUGGUGUCGAGCUGCAAGUCCACAACGUGCUCAGUCUGUACUUCUAUGAAGACAUCAAGACCGACAGCGCCAUCUCGUCCUGCUUUGGUCUCAUGUGCAUUUUUGCUCGAGCUAUUGGAGGCUACGCGUCCGAUGUGGCAAACCACCACUACGACAUGAAAGGCCGUAUCUCCAUGCAGUUGUUGUGUCUUGUAGGUCAAGCUGCGUUUCUCUAUCUCUUCAGUCAACUUCGGGUACUAGCUUGGAGUAUUCCAUGUCUUUUCGUCUUUGGCUUCUUCGCUCAAGCCUCCACUGGAACAACGUACGGUAUUGUUUCCUAUGUCUGCCUUAAAUGCAUUGGCGUGACGUCUGGAAUUGUGGGCGCCGGGGGUAGCAGGGGUGGUUUCGUCCGGGCGUUCAUAUUCAAGGGGGUUGCACACCGAGCCAAGUUUUUUAAGUACUUGAGCUUCGUUGUGGCAGCAGCUUCGAUCUCAUCGGUGUUGAUUCGGAUCAAUGGCGAGCGCUCGCUUUGGUCCCGAGGUGGUGGCGUGAGUGUUCGAGGACCGCGACACUUUAACUGCUCUCGCGACGAUACUGCUGUCACCUGGUGA